AUCAGCUGGCCAGCUAGCAGCUACCAUUUUAUAUAUAUAUCUGUGUUGUAGAUUAACUCCGCGUUGAAGAUAUCGUGUACUAGCCCACCGGAGUUGAUCUACAAAAAUGCAGAGGCUGGCCGGAGUGAAGAGAUUAUUAACAUCCUCAAACUAUGCAUUGCAGCGUCGCGCUACUUUCGCAACCUCCAUGCUUUUCGAUGAAACACAAAUUCAGUUCAAGGAGAGCGUUGCGCAAUUUGCUCAGGAAAAUAUAGCGCCUUACGCAGCCAAAAUUGACAGAACGGAUAGUUUCCCAGAGGAGGUGAAUUUGUGGAAACUGAUGGGGGAUUUCAAUCUCCUUGGAAUUACUGCUCCUGAGGAAUAUGGGGGAAUGAAUUUAGGUUAUUUAUAUCACACCAUCGCCAUGGAGGAGAUAAGUCGAGCUGCUGGCGGCGUUGGCCUCUCCUACGGCGUACAUUCUAAUGUCUGCCUUAAUCAACUGGUAAAGUUUGGGAAUAUUUUUCAGAAGGAAAAGUACUUACCAAAGCUAAUCAGCGGCGAGCACGUUGGAGCUCUGGCAAUGAGUGAACCAAACGCUGGUUCCGAUGUCGUUGGUAUGAAAUGCAAAGCCGAUCGAGUCGAGGGAGGCUACGUCCUCAACGGAAACAAGAUGUGGAUCACCAACGGCCCUAUCGCUCAGACACUGAUUGUAUACGCAAAAACAGAUAUGGCUGCUCGCUCCAAAGGGAUCACUGCUUUCAUUGUCGAGAAAGGAAUGCCUGGAUUCUCUACCGCGCAGAAGUUGGACAAACUUGGAAUGCGAGGAAGUCCUACGUGCGAGCUUGUAUUCAACAAUUGUUUUGUCCCUGAAGAAAAUAUUCUUGGACAAGAAGGGAAAGGAGUCUAUGUUUUAAUGUCGGGUCUAGAUCUCGAGAGAGUUGUGUUUGCUGGGGCGCCUGUUGGAAUAAUGCAAGCAUGUAUUGAUAUAGCUAUUCCUUAUGUUCGACAACGCGAACAAUUUGGCACUCCAAUUGGUCAAUUUCAACUAAUACAGGGGAAAAUUGCAGACAUGUAUACUGCACUUCAGUCUUCAAGAGCUUAUCUGUAUUCAGUUGCAAGGGACUGUGAUAAUGGAAAAAUUGAUACGAAGGAUUGUGCUGGUGUAAUACUUAUAGCAGCUGAGAGAGCAACUCAGGUUGCAUUGCAGGCAAUUCAAUGUUUAGGCGGUAACGGAUAUAUAAAUGAGUAUGACACCGGUCGUCUUCUCAGAGAUGCAAAACUGUAUGAGAUUGGUGCAGGGACCAGUGAGAUCAGAAGAAUGCUCAUCGGCCGUGAACUGUUUAAAGAAAUCAAUUAGGUUAAGCAUUUUCUAUCUUAGUUGAGCAAUCUAGCUAGAUCUGUUCCAAAAUAAUUAUCUAUUAACCUAAUACUUUUCACCAAUAAAGCUGUGGUUUUUUUUUUGUAAUAAUAAAUCAGCAUGAAGUUAAUAGACUCCAAGUGAUACAUAUGGUAUUUUAUAUAAUGUUACAUUUCAAUUGA